AGUUCGAGUUUUGUAUGGAUGGCUGCAUUGAAGGUACAAAAAGUCUAUAGAAGUUACCGCACUCGCCGUAGGUUAGCAGAUUCUGCCAUCAUUGCCAAAAAGCUCUGGUGGCAAGCCAUUGAUUAUGCUCAACUGAACCACAAUACGAUCUCUUUCUUCAACUUGAAACCAGAAAAAGCAGCCUCUCGUUGGAGUCGAGUUAGCUCAAAUGCUUCAAAGCUCGGAAAAGGUGUAUCAGAGGACGCUAGAUUUUUAUUAUUAGCUUUUCAACACUGGAUUGAAGCUAUUGAUCCGCGGCACCGGUAUGGGCAUAGCCUGCACUUGUACUAUGAAGUGUGGCGAAAAGGGGAUACUAGCCAACCAUUCUUCUACUGGUUGGACAUUGGAGAUGGCAAAGAGGUUAACCUCAAAGACUGCCUUCGGUCAAAGCUUCGACAGCAAUGCAUUAAAUAUCUGGGACCUCUAGAGAGAGAACACUAUGAAUACAAAAUUGUUGAAGGCAAAAUCGUGCAAAAAAAAAGUAAUCAACUUCUGGAUACAACUAAAGAAUCAAACAAAUCGAAAUGGAUUUUCGUAAUGAGUACUUCUAAGAAACUCUACGCUGGCAAGAAAACAAAGGGGGCAUUUCAUCAUUCGAGUUUCCUUGCCGGUGGGGCUGCUUUAUCUGCGGGGAGUUUUUCAGUUGUAGAUGGAAUACUCAAGUCGAUCUCUGCAUAUAGUGGGCAUUACCGACCAACUGAUGAAAACCUUGGUAGCUUCUUGGAAUUUCUCAGGGAACAUGAUGUUAACCUUCAUGAAGUUGGAGUACAAUUUACUGAUAACUAUUAUGACAAUAAUUAUGAAAACAAACAAGAGCGAGCAGGCUUAAAAGGUGUAAACAAGGCUGAACCAGCAAGUUUCCGACUUCAAAUUCUCGGUACUCCAGAAGAACAAAAUAAACCAGAGGCAGUUGCCAGCGAAUUUUACCUCAAAGUUAGCCUCAUUGCCCAAGAGAAGAGAUGCUUGGAGCGCCCAAUAUCUUAGAUGAUUAACCUCAAGAAGUGUGUCCAUAUUAGCGAACUACUCUUUAUGGAAGGGUACAAGUCUUGUUUCCCAAAAGGCUCUCACCACCCAGCAUCAAGUAAUAAUACUAGUAAUGUCUAGUCUUUGUAUAAGCUAUACUGUAUAUCUUGGCUGCGUAUAUGC